AUGUCUACAAAUGAUUUAGAUACAUUUUUUGUUGCUUAUCGAGUUCAAUUGUAUAUAGCCAUAAUUGCUCUAAUUAUUAAUUUAAUUAUUUGUAUAUACUCGUUUUGCGUUUUUGAUUGUUUUAAUCCCCACACAACAAUGUGGAGAACACAAUUAAUUUUGGAUAUUUGUAUAGCUAUUGGCUAUAUUUUGGAUUCUUGUUCUUUUAUUAGUUUAGAAAAUUCUUUUUCAUCAUUAAAUAAUAAUAAUAAUCUAAUAUCACAACAACAACCCCAAACAACAACAAAUAUUUCUUCUUCAUUAGACCAAUUAAUUAAAUUAACAAAUAAUACAGUAACCGACUGUAACAACAAAAAACCCCAUUUAUUUCUUUUAUUAGCAUGUCGUCAAUGGGCAGCUGUUUUAGUUUUUAUUAUGGGUUUAGAACGUGUUUUAUUUUUAUGUUAUCCACUUUGGUUUAGAUCUAUUAGAGUGAGGAAAAGUCCAAUCAACACAUUUGUUCUUUUCUUUGUUCUCUUCUCGGCAGGUAUUGCAUACACAAAUGUUUCCAUGGUUUGUCCUUACGAGCCAACUCAUUUUACUUGCGAACUUACCUGGGCAUUUGGAAUAGAUUAUGGAUAUCUUUCGAAUGGAAUAAUUAUUUUGUCUCAAUUGUUUGGAUUUAUAUUUCUUGUAAUUGCUGCUUAUUUUGUUCACAGACUUGAUUGGCCGUUAAGGAGAUUUGGGGGAAAUAGAAAUAAAGUUAUUAGUGAAAAAAGAAAAAUUAGAAAAAUAAAAUGGUUAAUAUUAUCAUGUCUUGUAUUUAUUGCUUUUCCCCAAUUUUUAUUGCUACUUUUGCAUUUUAAAAGUCCAAACGGACUUUAUUUAAUUAAAUUAAUUGUAUCAUGGCUAUUUCUUACAAAAAUGUUUUCGAAUAUUUACAUUUAUAUUUUGGCUACUCGUUAUGGAAAGGGAAUGUUUGGAUUGAUUAAAGAAUGGUGGAAAAACAGAAAGAAAACAGCUAUUAAUCCAAACGAGUCUAUGGCAACAAUUGUAGCUUCACAAUUUAUUAAUCGCCAAGUGCAGACAAGACAAUUACAAAUGUUGUCAACAAUUGCUAAUUAA